CAGGGAAAUUUGUCCACAUCUCAUCAGAUCUUCUGCAUCAAACUACAUCAUGUUACACAAGAGCAUUCUAUUGUUGUCUCUUCAGAUAAGCCUCCUAGGAAUCACUCUUGGUGGUAAUGUCCUGAUUUGGCCAAUGGAAGGUAGCCACUGGCUAAAUGUUAAAAUAAUUAUCGAUGAGUUGAUUAAAAAAGAACACAAUGUGACUGUCCUAGUCGCCUCUGGUGCGCUUUUCAUCAAGCCGACCUUUAGCCCUUCUCUGACAUUUGAAAUAUACAAGGUGCCUUUUGGCAAGGAAAAAAUAGGAGAUGUGAUUAAGAACUUUGUUCUGACAUGGAUGGAAUAUAGACCAUCUCCCUCCACUAUCUGGCGGUUCUAUCAGGAGAUAGCCGAAGUCAUCAAGGACUUCCACGUAGUGUCUAGAGAAAUUUGUGAUGGUGUUCUCAAAAAUUCGAAGUUGAUGGAAAAGCUGAAGAAAAGCAAAUUUGAGGUCCUGGUAUCAGAUCCAGUGUUUCCUUGUGGUGAUAUAGUCGCUUUAAAGCUGGGAAUUCCAUUCAUGUACUCCUUGAGGUUUUCUCCAGCCUCAACUGUGGAGAAGCACUGUGGGAAGGUACCAUACCCUCCUUCCUAUGUUCCUGCUAUUUUGUCAGAACUCACAGACCAGAUGUCUUUCUCUGACAGAAUAAGAAAUUUUAUCUCCUAUCAUCUUCAGGACCACAUGUUUAAUACUCUUUGGAAAUCUUGGGAUUCUUACUAUAGUGAAGCCUUGGGAAGGCCCACUACACUGUGUGAAACUAUGGGGAAAGCAGAAAUUUGGCUAAUUCGGACAUACUGGGAUUUUGAAUUUCCCCGUCCAUACUUACCUAAUUUUGAAUUUGUGGGAGGAUUGCAUUGCAAACCUGCUAAACCAUUGCCUAAGGAAAUGGAAGAAUUUGUCCAAAGUUCAGGUGAUGAUGGUGUUGUGGUAUUUUCUCUGGGAUCCAUGGUCACCAACCUAACAGAUGAAAAAGCUAAUCUCAUUGCCUCUGCCCUCUCCCAGAUUCCACAAAAGGUAUUAUGGAGAUACAAAGGAAAGAAACCAGAUACACUAGGAGCCAAUACACGACUAUAUGAUUGGAUACCCCAGAAUGAUCUCCUAGGUCAUCCCAAAGCAAAAGCAUUCAUUACUCAUGGUGGAACGAAUGGAAUUUAUGAAGCUAUUUAUCAUGGAGUUCCUAUGGUGGGAGUUCCCAUGUUUGCUGACCAGCCUGAUAACAUUGCUCACAUGAAGGCUAAAGGAGCAGCUGUGGAGGUGAACAUAAACACAAUGACAAGUGCAGACUUGCUCAAUGCCUUGAGAACGGUCAUUAAUGAACCUUCUUACAAAGAGAAUGCUAUGAGACUAUCAAGGAUUCACCAUGAUCAGCCAGUGAAGCCUCUAGACCGAGCAGUCUUCUGGAUUGAGUUUGUUAUGCGCCACAAAGGAGCCAAACACUUGAGGCCAGCUGCCCAUGACCUCACCUGGGUCCAGUACCACUCUUUGGAUGUCAUUGGGUUCCUGCUGGCCUGUGUGGCAGCUACUAUGUUCUUGGUCACAAAGUGUUGUUUGUUUUCCUGUCAAAAAUUUGGUAAAAUAUCAAAAAAGGAGAAGAGGGAAUAGAAGGCCUAAAUAGGCCGUCUUUUCCAUUCUUACCACAAUGGCCUUAUGAAAAUAUCUCUCCAUCCAGUUUUCAAGUUUUCCAUGACUCUAGCCUACAAAUAAGUUCUAGGAUACAAAAAUAUCACUAACAGUAUUCAAAUAGCACUCUUCCCUUGUCUUUUCCCAGAUAGUUUUAUUUACCUCUUACUUUUAUGACAUAGAAAGGUCAAUAAUGACUAUUCAAUUCCAUCACUUAAAAAAAAAAUUAGCCUUUUGAUAAUAUGCUGACUGAAAACAUGCUGGCUAUAUGGAGCACACAAAAUUCAAGUUAAAUUGAUAAUAUAGGGAAUACAGAAAAAUAGCCAUCACAGUUUUCUCUAGAAUACAGAAGUCAGGCAAUCAUUACAGGAAAUUUGUAUACAGAUUUAAUGAUUUUUUUUUUCAAAUAAAAUUAAGUCCUGCUUGGCCAAUGUUUCUGGGAACAAAGUAUGAAUUACUAGUAUCUUAUGACUCAUAACACUACAAAAAGUCUAAAUAUUUUCAUUAAGCACAAAAAUAAUCUUGUCCUUGCCUUUAGUCAACAAAAUAAUCUUAUGUACUCUUUAAUCU